UAUAGGAAAACGAAAACAAACUCCACAAUUGUAGCAAACUAUACGCGGCGUCCCGUCCAAGUUUUCAAAAUUAAUUAAAUCUCACACAACCUACGUACGUACGUACCCAAUGUCAACCUCCGAUCUCGCUGUCAUCUUACCUCGUGUUAUUAUCGUAUCUCGUCGUAGCCUUCGCAAGAACAAGUUUGUUGAUUUUGUUGGUGAAUAUCAUCUUGAUCUAAUAGUGGGAUAUGGAGCUGUCCCAGUGAUUGUACCUAGGGUAAGCGGUGUCCAUACAUUGUUACAUAGUUUCGAGCCGAUCCAUGGAGUCCUUUUGUGUGAAGGAGAAGACAUUGAUCCAUCAUUGUACGAAGACGAAGAAAGCAACUUAUCUAAAGAAGAACUAGAGGAGAUAAGGCGGUUACACGCUAGUGAUACCGCGAUUGACAAAGAAAAGGACACGAUAGAGCUUUCGUUAGCUAAACUUUGUUUAGAAAGAAACAUACCUUAUUUAGGUAUAUGUAGAGGAUCACAAAUCUUGAAUGUUGCAUGUGGAGGUACUCUUUAUCAAGAUAUUGGUAAGGAACUAACUAAAAGUUGUGUGCAAGAGAAAAAAGUAGUACAUAUGGAUUAUGAUAACUAUGAUGGGCAUAGGCAUGUGGUUGAAAUUGUGAAAGAAACCCCAUUGCAUCAUUGGUUUAAGGAUUCUUUGGAAGAUGAUAUGGAGAUUCGGGUUAAUAGUUAUCACCAUCAAGGUGUCAAAAGGCUAGCACAACGCUUUGAGCCCAUGGCGUUUGCACCGGAUGGUUUGAUUGAAGGUUUUUAUGACCCGGAUGCUUAUAAUCCAGAAGAGGGUAAGUUUAUUAUGGGUUUGCAAUUUCAUCCUGAACGAAUGAGGAAAGCGAAUUCUGAUGAAUUCGAUUAUCCUGGAUGCACUGCUGCUUAUAAGGAAUUUGUAAAGGCGGUAGUGGCAUAUCAAAAGAAGCUUAAUAGUACAACUAAGGUACCGCAAUCCUUAGAACUUGAUAAAGAGUUGGAGAAAAAGAGAAAUGUUAUCGUUCGUAGCUUUUCUCUUGCGCGAAACCUAUAUGAAGGAGGCGAUAAUACUAGUCAACUGAAAGAGUCUGAUCUUAGACCAGGAGCGGAUUUUCUUGAGUCAAAUAUAGCAUUGAGUUUGCAACAAGAGAAUAGGUUGAAGCAAAUGGGAGCAACAGUUAGGAAUGCAUCUUCAUACAUGGGGAGAUUGAAGAAAAAUGAAGAAAGAGAGAAAGUGGCAAGAUUUUUGAUGGGCAAAAUGACAAUUGAACAAUUAUCUGAUCUAAAUUUGUUCUAUCACAUGAUGGGCCAGAUAUGUUCUGAAAUGUUGGAGAACAAGAUUCAAAAUGCUAAUUAGAUCUUCUUUGACUUAUCUGCUAAUUAAAAGGCUAUAUAUGUUUGAUUAUGAUGUUUUCUAUUUCUUUUUAUUGAAUCACAAGAAAUAAUGAAAUUAAGGAGAACAAAUAUGAUCCAUAUGUGAUUAGUGUUUAAAGAUGUUUUGAACUGUGAAUUGCAAUUUGCUUUUUCAUGAUCAUAUGCAUGAUGCAUCCAUGUUUGUCAC